UACGCUGUUUAUUUAUGUCAUGUUCCAGUAAACAUACAACCUGGAUAAAUGUGAACAGAAUUCGUCAACAAAUGGCUCAAUGUUGACAAACAGCAAUGGAGCUGGUUAUGGCACCGAUUAUGGAUUUCUGUAAACGAACCCCAGUCAUGUUGGGGCAUGUUGGUGAGAGUUGUUCGCCAUUACAAAUGAUGAUCAAUUGAUCCCGAACCCGGCGAUAAAUAUAACGGCUUGCUGGGUAGGUUCCUAUUGACCUGGGGCCCCUGUUCCCGGUUUGGACGACAGGAAUUACGCUCCCCGGGAUAAUGGGGAGAAGUCAUUACAGGGUGUGAUUUAACAGGCCCCUGCUGGCAGAGUCCGAGUCGUGUCUGUCCACGGUAGUGUACAGCGAUCACGGAUCAACGCGCUCGGUCAAUGGACAGACGGCAAAAAUUUAAAUCUCCGAAAACGUCAGGAAUGGGAUUGAAGAACUCUCAGGUAGAUCUCAGGUAGAUCGCGGUAGCCGUGAUUAACUAAUCAGUCAGGUAACUGUCUUGUAAUGACAUUCCCCCCAGUUUGUAUACCUGGAGCAGGCAUCGGUCGAAAUCAAUCGCAUUCGGACAGAUCUCGGCAAUUUACCACAUCAGUCUUUGUGUUUGCUUACCUGGCAGAACACGGGUAUUAGUGAUUGUGUGGAGUGUAAAUAAGUUCUGACAUACAUGGGUUGAUCGGUGGAACACAUGUUUUAAUGGUACACAGGUAGUCAAAUCAAUGACUGAUUCUGGAUGGUGACAGGUGGAAAGCUGAGAGAGAGAAAGACCGAUCGCUGUAGUGGGGGCAGGAUGGACCCCCAAGGCGCCCUGCCCCGGCCUAAGAAAGUGUUCAAAUGGGAGGACAAACCCAGACUCCUGCGGGAAAUCCUGUCCACCGGGCACCUGCCUUUUGUCGCUAAAUAUCACGAGGGAGAUUUGACAAAAUACAUCAAAACAUGGAGGCGCCCCGUAACCGAUGGAGAAGACAGUAUUCUCCAUUUCGUGGACACGAAGACUCAUCAAAUGGUCGUCUGUAAAAAGAUGGUGUGGGACCGGAAGUCCGGCGAGUACGUGGCGGCCAACAAGAGGUCUGAGAUCCGGUCCUCGGUGAGAGGUUGGUUUGAGGUGUUACCAGAGGACGGCCGCCCUGUGGAAUACUUCGACUCCAUACAAGCGAUCGCUAACCUCAAACCCAGGCGGUUCCUGGUCCGGACUUCCAUUGUAGGCUACCAGCUGAGCGUGGACGGGGGAGUCAGCUCCUGGGUCCCACUAGAAGUGUCUCCGGGACAAGUUCUUACUACGGGUAUUGUGUACAUGGACCAGAAGAAAAGUAAAUCAAACGUUAAAAAUUUCUUCAAGAAAAUCAUCAAGCCAUCCAAGCACUCUCAGAAGGACCAGGAGUUGAAGUACCUCCAGUGCUUCGACUCCAGUGCUCGUGAGGUGAUGAUUCCACUUAUCAUGACAGGGGUGUUCAGUCCUGUAGCGGACCUCACCAACAACGACUUUGAUUCUGUGUACGAACUUCAGGAUUUAGUCGCCUCUUUUUCGCUUCCGGUGCGCGCGCAGUUAAUUCAUGCAGACCCCGACUCUGGUGUGCUGCCAAGUGGACAAAUAAUGAUAGAGGGUAUGAGAGAGGAAUUGACGAUUGUGGCGGGGAUGUAUCCUGUACAUGAAGACAGUGAGAUCGUGGAAAUCCCCGUUAACGCGAAACUUUAUUUUCGAAAGGAUGUGUCAAAAGGUCACGCCAAACAUAAAAAAGAGCAAAUUGUCACGGAUACAGAAGAGAGAAUCUACGAGAACAGUAAGCCAUCGGAGUUAGAUGUGGAGCUUCCAGUUCGGAUAAAAACCGGCAAAAAAUCAAAAGGACCUGGGAUACUAGACAAACUGAGCCUCCGAUCAAAGGGUAAAAAGGAAAGGGCAAGUUUAAAACAGCUGCAGGAGGAGGGUGUGUUUUCAUCGAGACUGACAAAAAGUGAUGUCAAUUUAGAUGCUUACAUGCAGGACGACGAGGAAGAUGCUGCUAAUGAAAUAAAACUUUCUCAAGAAGAAAAUGUUGAAUCGAAAAAACCAGAUUACGCAGACGACAGUGACCCUGUGUAUCGGCCGUCACAGCCGUACCAACAAGAGGAGACAAUAUACCAGGGCAGGAAUCUCCCGCCAAUUCCAAAGUCCCCGGAGGAGCGCGAGCCUCUGUAUGAAGAACUUCCGGUGGCACCACGCCCACCCGGGGGUGAGUAUAGUCGUUCUUAUAAGCAUCACACGCACGAUGAUGAUUACAUGAGCCCAGCACAAGUGAGGAGAGAAAAAGAACGCAACGCGCUGCACAGUAAGCCACCAAUUGCUCCCAGAAAUUCCAUGAAAAACAGAGAGAGUGGCUAUAAAUCUCCUGGAGAGGAUCCGCUAGAUUUUGACAAACUUUUUCCUUUUACCGAUGAUGGACGGGUCACGCAGUUGGGUAAACAGGAAUUGGAAAAUGCGGAUUACCAGUAUCAUACAACAGCCAAUGCACAUACUCGUGAUAGACGCAUGCGUGCUGAUGAAUACAAGAUGGACGCCGACCCCUUCAAUUCACUGACGCGGAUGCGAUCUCGGUCCCACAAGAACUUGCUAAUGGACGCUAAUGCCACAGUUCGCAGUCAUAACAUGAGGCACUUUAACCACUUGAUGAACGUUUUUAACUUCGAUGAUAUGAAUACACGCAAUGAACAAGCAGAUCCCGUACUGCCUCAGGAAUCAGUCCCUGGCAGGGAGUUCAGCCACCGUUUGUCAUUGUUUGAGCCUGCGCCGUACGACAGAAGGUCUUUGUACGCCAUGAGUGAGCCCGGAAGUAAGCGAUAUCAGAGGUCAAUGUCAACCAACGGCAUCAAUGAAGUGUUGUCUCACUCCAGACAGGAAGACUCCGUGCUGUCAGGGGAUUACGGUUACCAUGGCGACAGUGAGUAUAGUUACGCAGAAUAUGGCGAUGAUCUGGACGAUGGAUGGCGACCUCCGACUGACCUCUCCAACCUUAGUGUACAGGAAGUGUCAAGGUCACUACGAUACAUUGGCAUGAAGGACCGUGUCGUGAAGCGGCUUGCCAACGAACAGAUAGACGGGCAACUGCUGUGCUCAUUGGACAAAAACCUGCUCCGCGAGGGCUUCCCCGAACUCAACGCAUUGGAUGUAAAAAAAAUUGUAGAUUUUAUCGAUGGCUGGAGGCCAAAGAAAUGACCGUCCACUUUCAACGUUUAUGUUAGAAUAAAAAAGUUUGCGUGUAUGUGUCCCUGAGAGGAUCAUGUUUUGUUUUUGUUAGUGACAUUAAUGCUCAUUACUCCAUGUAUCUGCCUGUCCGUUUGUCUGUCUGUCUGUCUGUCUGUGAGUCUGUGAUAUGACUUGUAACAUUUAUGUUUACUUCAUAACUGUUGUCAGCAGGGUAGUGCAUUUUAUAACAUUUUCAAUGCAGCUUGAUUUAUACGUAAAUAUUUAUGUUUGUAUUAUUCUUUUUCUUAAGUUAACCAAUUAAAUACGAUGGUAACCAAU